AUGCAUUGCUUCAACGGGGAACUACGAAAGAUUGAGUACCAGUCGCCAGCCAGUCGCCUAUGCAGGUGCUCGGUGUCCAAGUGCCACAUCGGCGUUUCUGAUAUUCCGACUGUCGGCGUUUCCGGGUUGGACUCGGGUGAUGGUCAAACUGGCCGCGAAAUCGAGGUGGCUCAAAAAUUGGUUCCGCUAGGCAGGACGGCCCCGCCUGGGUGUGCACCCACCCGCCGCUGGCAGGCGGCACACAUCUUCACACUUCUUGACCUCGUCGACCUCCUAACCCUCAAAACACAUCGUCAAAAUAUCUACAAGCCCGGAAAGGUCGCUGUCGUCCUCAACGGCCGCCAGGCGGGCAAGAAGGUAGUCGUCAUCCAGCAGCGUGACGAGGGCACCAAGGAGCGUCCUUACCCCCACGCCAUCGUUGCCGGCAUUGAGCGUUACCCCCUGAAGGUCACCAAGUCGAUGGGCAAGAAGAAGGUUGCCAAGCGCAGCAAGGUCAAGCCUUUCAUCAAGGUUGUCAACUACUCGCACCUCCUCCCCACCCGUUACGUCCUCGAGCUCGAGUCGCUCAAGGGUGCCGUCACCAACGACACCUUCAAGGAGCCCACCCAGCGUGUCGAGUCCAAGAAGGCCAUCAAGAAGGCCUUCGAGGAGCGCUACGCCAAGGGCGCCAACCGCUGGUUCUUCUCCAAGCUCCGCUUCUAA